AUGGCCGGCUCGGAGCAGCAGCGGCCGCGGCGGCGGGACGACAGCGACUCGGAUGCUGCGGCGGCGUCCCUGCAGGACGCGGAGCUGGCCCUGGCCGGCAUCAACAUGCUGCUCAACAAUGGCUUUAGGGAGUCCGACCAGCUCUUCAAGCAGUACAGGAAUCAUAGUCCAUUAAUGAGCUUCGGAGCCAGCUUUGUCAGUUUUUUGAAUGCCAUGAUGACAUUUGAGGAAGAGAAAAUGCAGCUGGCUUGUGAUGACUUAAAGACCACAGAAAAGCUGUGUGAAAGUGAAGAAGCUGGAGUCAUUGAAACCAUCAAGAAUAAAAUCAAGAAAAAUGUUGAUGCCCGAAAAUCCACUCUCUCUAUGGUCGACCGGCUUCAGAGGCAGAUAAUCAUAGCCGACUGUCAGGUUUACCUGGCCGUACUUUCAUUUGUGAAACAAGAAUUGUCAGCAUACAUAAAAGGUGGGUGGAUCCUUAGGAAAGCCUGGAAGAUUUACAACAAGUGCUAUGUGGACAUCAACGCCAUGCAGGAGCUCUACCAGAAGAGGCUAACCACCGAAGAGCCCUUGACUUCGGACACUGCAAAUGAUAACCACAUUGUGGCUGAAGGGGUGACUGAGGAGUCCCUAAAUAGACUGAAAGGUGCUGUUAGCUUUGGAUAUGGCCUUUUUCACCUUUGCAUAUCCAUGGUGCCCCCAAACCUGCUCAAAAUCAUCAACUUGCUGGGGUUUCCUGGAGACCGUCUACAGGGCCUUUCUUCACUGACGUAUGCAAGCGAAAGUAAGGACAUGAAGGCCCCUUUAGCUACAUUGGCUCUCCUCUGGUACCACACGGUGGUCCGCCCGUUCUUUGCCUUGGAUGGCUUUGACAGCAGAGCAGGCCUGGAUGAAGCCAAGGAAAUUCUCCUGAAAAAAGAAGCCACUUACCCAAACUCUUCUCUGUUCAUGUUUUUCAAGGGGCGGAUCCAGCGCUUAGAGUGUCAAAUCAACAGUGCCUUGACUUCUUUCCACACUGCUUUGGAACUUGCAGUUGAUCAGAGAGAAAUUCAGCACGUCUGUCUGUAUGAAAUUGGUUGGUGCAGCAUGAUUGAACUCAACUUCAAGGACGCGUUCGACUCCUUCGAGAGGCUGAAGAAUGAAUCCAGGUGGUCGCAGUGCUAUUACGCAUAUUUGACUGCGGUUUGUCAGGGAGCCACUGGUGACGUGGAUGGGGCACAGGUCGUCUUCAAAGAAGUCCAGAAACUCUUCAAAAGGAAAAAUAAUCAGAUUGAACAGUUCUCAGUGAAAAAGGCGGAGAGGUUCCGGAAACAAACCCCAACCAAAGCGCUGUGUGUGCUGGCGUCCAUCGAGGUGCUGUACUUGUGGAAAGCCUUACCCAACUGCUCCUCUCCCAACCUGCAAAGGAUGAGCCAAGCUUGUCAUGAAGUGGAUGACACAUCUGUUGUUGGAUUAAAGCAUUUGCUUCUUGGUGCCAUACACAAAUGUCUCGGGAACUCAGAAGAUGCCGUUCAGUUCUUCCAGCGAGCUGCUAAAGAUGAAUUGUGUCGUCAGAAUAACCUCUAUGUUCAGCCAUAUGCAUGCUAUGAGCUCGGCUGUCUUCUAUUAGACAAACCAGAGACUGUAGGAAGAGGCCGGUCUCUACUUCUUCAAGCAAAGGAGGACUUCUCCGGCUAUGACUUUGAGAACAGAUUACACGUCCGCAUCCAUGCUGCACUGGCCUCCCUGAGAGAACUGGUUUCCCAGUGAUGGACCCGGAGUGGCUGCUCUGUCCCUCUCCACCCAGGGGCUGCACUUUAAAAGCAGAGGACACAGCUCUCAUUGAAGAAAAUCCACCUGUGCCAGGGACAACGCUUUUCCAGUGAAGCUCACGAGAAAGAUCUCGUUGAAGACAUGUGCGACAGAGUACCAGUAGCCGACCACCUGGGAGAGGGUUAAGUGACCUUGUUCAAACAUUUUAGUUUUGUGAUUAUUUAAAAAAAAUAAUAAAAAUAAAACGCAACUCAGUGUUCACCCCGUGAUCUUGUAGGAACGCCUACCUUCAGCACAGAUCUCAAUGGAUAGCCUGUAUACUCAUCCACAGUACCAUGACACAGCAUUUAUAUUAUGUUUGGAACAAAAUAAAAGUGCUUUCUGGUGUUUGA